GUUUUUCGCUGUUUUGAUAAAUCCGGUGGUGUGCAGUACCCCAAAAGUAGAAAAAAGAAGAAUAUAAGCGUACAAGUGUAUAUACUGUGUCUGUUGGCCGGAUUCAUGAUGGAAGCUCGUACAGGGGCGUGAUUUAAUUUGAGCUACCAUUAUCGAACCCUGGAAGACCAAACUUAACACCGACAAGAUACGGUUAUAGUCUGUACAACAAAAGAUCCUCCUGGUUGAAGGUCGAACACGGAACAGACGGAUUUCCAACAAAGCGCGGCCUCUGUAACCUGUGAUCAACGAUUUUCAAUCCAGCUCGUGCGUGUCGGAGCAAAAAUAAUUGGUCCUGCCGCGCGAGGCUCUUGUUACCUUCAGCGAGAACCAUGAACACAUUGUACCUUGUGUACGUGCCACAUACGGUCGAGUAUACACCUGCUGUCCAGUUUUCUACGCUCGAGUAUGCCACGGUGGAAAUCGUUAACGACAUCCAAAGUCCUCUGGGUGGUGACGAUCCUGUUGCGUCCGGCGAACCUCUGGAUGGGAAUGCGGCCCAGCAGCUGAAAAUGGCAAAACGAAGGCACCGGAUGAGUUCCAGCGUGAGCAAGACGACUCUAGCUGAUUGUGGAGAAAGUCAUCUGGAUUUGAUGAUGGCACAAAACUGGCUCGUCAAGGAUAGUUUCGUCUCUAGAAGUGAAACCGUCCCAUCUCCCCAAAGCUUUGAACUCCCAAUGCAUAACUUAUAUCCGCCGCUGGAAUCCUUCUGUACGGAACAAAUGCCCAAAGUCAACCCGGACACGAUAUUUGAAGAUUCCAUUUCCAGUAUCGAUGAAGGCAUUGGACUCAGCGCGACGGAUGAUUCCGGUGAUGAUCAAAGUCCUACCGAUAUCAACAACAACAACAACAACGCCAUCGAGAGCGACAGUCCCAAAGACAAGACCGAUUACCGCAGCCACGUGGUCGGCGACUACAACGACGACGACGAGGAGGAGGAAGAGGAAGAGGGCACCGAUGGAAAGGACAUUAAUUCAGCGCUUAUCAAGUACAAGAAAAAGCGGAAAGCUAGCUGCCAUAAAUCAUACAAAUGCGAAAUCUGUGAGGAACUGUUUUCGAAGAAAAAACUGCUCCGGGAGCAUCUCGGUCUGCAGCAUCCGGGCCAGAACUCAAACCGUUGUCACAUCUGCGGCAAGACGUUCAAGCUCCGGUCCAAUUUACGACAGCACUUGAGAAUUCACACCGGCGAGCGUCCUUUUCGAUGCGACAUCUGUGGGAAAACUUUCGUGCAGGGAAGUGCGUUAACCGUGCACAAAGAGCUCCACAAGGAUAAAAAAGAGUACAAGUGUGAUGUGUGUAAGAAGGACUUCAUGUCAAAGUUUGCUUUUAAGAAGCACGAAAAAGUACACAAAGGCCUGCGGCCGUUUAUCUGUGAUGUAUGUGGGAAAUCAUUCACCCAAUCUUGCAAUCUAAAGGCUCACCUUCAACUGCACAACGGAAAUCAUGCCUUCAAGUGUUCCACGUGUUUUAAAACAUUUCGAUUCAAAUCACAUUACGAGGAUCAUUUGAUGACUCACACCAAGGAUAAACAGUACUCUUGCACAAAGUGCGGACGCAAUUUUGCCUACAAAAACUCAUACCAGCGCCAUAUGCAGCAUAUCCACCGAGACGAAACUCAGCAUCAGUGCAAUAUUUGUAGUAAAACUUUUGUUAAACUAAGCCACCUAACGUUCCACAAAAAGUCCCACCGCAAGGGCAGCUCGUUAAUAUGUGAAAUUUGCGGUUUGUUGUUCGAAAAGGAAAGUGCUUUAGCAAAUCACAACCAAACCGUGCACAGGAACGUGGAACUAAGGCCCUUUAAAUGUGUCAUAUGUAGCAAAUCCUUCGAGAAGGAAUGUGAACUGACAACACACUUUAAGUUGCAUGAAGCCGACGACUGUCCCUUCCAGUGCGGGAUGUGUGGGAUUUUGAACCUGAGUCAGGCGUAAUUAGCAAAGGGAUAGAGUUUUACACGUGCGCCCUCGUACUUUAUGCAUUCCUAGAUAAGCGAAAGGAAAAGUGUUGUGAUAUGUAUAAUAAAUAUAUAGGACUCUUGUGUUGUACCACAUUUAGAUUAGGAUAAGAUUAGUUUUAAUUAUGCGUUCCCGAAAAGAUCCCCGUGCAGCGAAUCUCCAUCGAAAGGAUACAAAAGGCAAAGAGUUGGAAUGCUUUGCUCUUUCAGGGCAAUAAUUUCAUAAAUUUAAAUUACAAUAAAAACCAUAUUAGUCAUAUC